AUGUCCGCCCCGCCGCCAGCCACGAAGCGCGCGGCCAGCUGGUUCGGCCGCUCGCGCUCGUCGACACCGCAGCCAGACGCCGUGCCGCAGCUCACCAAGCAGCUUGAGGACACCGAGAUUGACUCGCCAGGGGAAGCGGUCGAGUCGGGCGAGGACGAGACGAUUACGGCCGAUGACCUGGGCGUUGCGGACGAGUUGCAGGGCGACACCGAGACGGAGCAAGGGAAAUUCAAGGCUCUUCUGGGCAUCCUUCGCAAGACGAUCUCCGUCAAGGACUUGUCGAGCGUGCGGAUCUCGUUGCCGGCGCAAAUGCUCGAGCCGAUUGGCAACCUCGAACACUGGACCUACAUUGACCGGCCCGACUACUUCGGCGCGCUCGCGAAGGAGAACAUGGACGAGAUGGAGAAGAUGCUGGCCGUGUUGCGCUGGAUGUUCACUAAGGAGCUCAAGUACGCCAAGCACCCGAUCUCGAAGCCUUUCAACUCGAUCCUCGGCGAGCACUUCUUCUGCUACUACGACGCACCAGUACUCGACGUCCAUCCCAAAGGUCACCCUCUACCGACCGUCCACAUCGACGAGAAUCCCCACCCCGACAUUGUUGCCUGCGCUGGACGCGGCUCCAACAACACUACCGCCGCAGCUGCGCUCAAGGCUUCGCCCUCGACCUCGUCCCUGAUCUCGCUCGCCAACUCGGCAAAGCCCAAGACCUCGCUCGAGAUGACGAACGGGAACGCCGUCGGGUCAUCUGCCGCCUCGACCAAGUCGACCAGGUCCAACUUCUCUGCCGCCCCGUCCAGUUCUGCAGCUAGCGGUUCCGGUCCGACCGAGUCUCGCAACGCCCGCGUCGUCAUCAUCAACGAGCAGACGAGCCACCAUCCGCCCAUAUCGCACUUCCUCGUCGAAGCCCGCGUCGACACCGCCGAUCCCGCCGUCAAGCGUACCGUCCGCCUGCGAGGUGCAGACCAGCUCUCGGCCAAGUUCACCGCCGGCGCGAACGUCAAGAUCUACCCUGGCCCGCACAACAAGGGUCUAUUCCUCGACUUGCCGGACGGCGAAGAGUUCCAUAUCACCCACCCAACGGCGGCUGUCGCAGGUAUCGUCCGUGCAGCGCCCUAUGCGACCAUCGCCGACAUCUGCACCGUCACGUGCCGGUUGCCGGAGGACAAGCAGCCUGGAGGGGAGAAGCAGAAGCGGCUGCGGGCGAUUAUUCAGUACCAGGAGGAGAGCUGGAUCACCCGCCCGCGCUUCCUGCUCGAAGGCAUCGUCUACGAGUCGUUCGUCAACGAGGCCGCCUCGGCCCCGACUGCCAUGGUCGACGACGGCUCGGACAAGCGGUUCAGCAAGAUCAAGCAGGUGCCGAAGGACCGUAUCGUCGGGACGCUCGAGGGGAACUGGAGGGGCGAGAUUAGGUGGAAGAAAGUCGGCGAGUCGUCCUCCGUCCCGCUGGUCGACCUCCUCCCGCUCAACGUCGUGCCCAAAGCCGUCGCGCCGCUCGAAGAGCAAGGCCCGAUGGAGACGCGCAAAGUCUGGGCGAGCGUCGUCGACGCGCUCAACAAGAAGGACUACAGCACGGCGAGCAAGGAGAAGCAGCGGAUCGAGCAGGAGCAGCGGGACAAGGCGGAGGAGCGGAAGAAGAAGGGCGAGGUCUACCGGCCACGCUUCUUCGAACCCGAGCCUGACAACGUCGCCGAUUGGGACGGCCGCCCCGUUCUCUCCGCCGAAGGCAAAGCCGCCCUUGAGCGCAACUUCGAGGCCGACUACUCGACCUCGCCUUCGACCGCAUAG